AUGGCUUUCCUUUGGGUUCUCUCAUGCCUGUAUCUCAUCAAUGCUGCUUAUGGACUGGAGUGCGGUCGCCCUGCGAUCAACCCCGUUAUUACCGGCUACUCCAGGAUAGUAAAUGGUGAAGAUGCUGUUUCAGGAUCUUGGCCCUGGCAAAUCUCACUGCAGGACUACAGUGGCUGGCAUUUCUGCGGUGGUUCCCUGCUCAAUGAAAACUGGGUUGUAACUGCUGCUCAUUGUGGUGUAGGCCAAAGCCAUUACGUGGUUCUUGGAGCACAUAAUAAAUGCUCAAGUUCAGAAGAUAACGUGGUUGUGGGUGUCGCAAGGGCCUUCACUCACCCUAACUGGGAUUCGUACAACAUCAACAAUGACGUGACUGUGGUCAAGCUGAAAUCUUCGGUUACCUUCACUCCCCGUAUAUCUCCUGUCUGUCUGGCUUCGAAUCCUGACCUUUUCCCUGGUGGCAAGAUGUGUAUGACUUCAGGAUGGGGACUGACCAAUCCAUUUGACUCCAACACUCCAUGCAUCCUGCAGCAGGCAGCCCUCCCUCUGCUCACCUACGAACAGUGUAACAACAUUUGGACCAACAUGAUCACCGAUGCCAUGAUCUGCGCUGGGGCAGCAGGAGCCACAUCCUGCAUGGGUGACUCUGGUGGCCCUCUGGUGUGUCAGAAUGGAGGAGCCUGGAAUCUGGUGGGAAUUGUUUCCUGGGGCAGCGGCUACUGUUCCACCAGCACCCCUGCCGUUUACACCCGGGUGACAAUGUUCAGAUCAUACAGCUUCCAAUCAGCAAAUAUAAAAGCUAGAGAGCCGAAGAAAGAGCAACACAAGAGAGUUGCUGGUGCUCCUGCAGCUGACCCUUCCCGUAUAGUCAACGGACAGGUGUCAAGUCCAGGGGCUUGGCCCUGGCAAGUCUCCCUGCAGGACAAAAAUCGCAAUCACUUCUGUGGAGGAUCUCUGGUAAACCAGAACUGGGUUAUUACUGCCGCCCACUGUCAAUUUAAUUACUACUAUCAUAUUGUUGUGCUCGGAGAAUUUGAUAUGCACUCUUCAUCAGAACCUGUGCAAGUGAAAAGUGUUUCACAGGUCAUUACCCAUCCUAACUUCAACUACCAAACCUUGAACUAUGACUGUACUCUACUAAGGCUGUCUUCCCCAGCUAGUUACAAUAGCUAUGUUUCGCCAGUCCCACUGAUUCCUCAGGGCACUUAUCUUCCAGGAGGCACAACGUGUGUCACCACUGGGUGGGGAAGGACUGUGGCCGGCGGUGCAACCGCUAGCAAGCUCAUGCAGACAAGCCUACCCGUCAUUGAAAACAGUCGCUGCAAGGAAUAUUGGGGGAACAGCAUUACUAACAUGAUGAUUUGUGCUGGUGCCUCUGGAAGUUCCUCGUGUCAGGGAGAUUCCGGUGGCCCUUUCGUUUGUUAUGUGAACGGUGCCUGGAGCCUGUCUGGUCUGGUUUCUUGGGGAACCAGCAACUGCAACGUAAGGGCUCCUGCAAUUUACGCCAGUGUCGCCAACUUGCGUCCGUUUAUUGAUCAAUACAUCUAUUACUGAUGAAUUUAACCUUCGAACCUUCG